GUCGCCCUGGUGGCUCGCGGGGGCUGCACCUUCAAGGACAAGGUGCUGGUGGCGGCGCGGAGGAACGCCUCGGCCGUGGUCCUCUACAACGAGGAGCGCUACGGGAACCUCACCAUGCCCAUGUCCCAUGCGGGAACAGGAAAUAUAGUGGUCAUUAUGAUUAGCUAUCCAAAAGGAAGAGAAAUUUUGGAGCUGGUGCAGAAAGGAAUUCCAGUAACGAUGACCAUAGGGGUUGGCACUCGGCACGUACAGGAGUUCAUCAGCGGUCAGUCUGUGGUGUUUGUGGCCAUCGCCUUCAUCACCAUGAUGAUUAUCUCGUUAGCCUGGCUAAUAUUUUACUAUAUACAGCGUUUCCUAUAUACUGGCUCUCAGAUUGGAAGUCAGAGCCACAGAAAAGAAACUAAGAAAGUUAUUGGCCAGCUUCUACUUCAUACUGUAAAGCAUGGAGAAAAGGGAAUUGAUGUUGAUGCUGAAAAUUGUGCAGUGUGUAUUGAAAAUUUCAAAGUAAAGGAUAUUAUUAGAAUUCUGCCAUGCAAGCAUAUUUUUCAUAGAAUAUGCAUUGACCCAUGGCUUUUGGAUCACCGAACAUGUCCAAUGUGUAAACUUGAUGUCAUCAAAGCCCUAGGAUAUUGGGGAGAGCCUGGAGAUGUCCAGGACAUGCCUGCUCCAGAAUCUCCUUCUGGAAGGGAUCCGGCUGCAAAUUUGAGUCUAACUUUACCAGAGGACGACGGAAGUGAUGAGAGCAGCCCACCAUCAGCCUCCCCCGCUGAAUCGGAGCCACAGUGCGAUGCCAGCUUUAAAGGAGAUGCAGGGGAAAAUACGGCAUUGCUAGAAGCCGGCAGGAGUGACUCUCGGCAUGGAGGACCCAUCUCCUAGCGCACGUGCCCACUGAAGUGGCACCGGCAGAAGUUUGGCUUGAACUAAAGGACAUUUUAUUUUUUUUACUUUAGCACAUAAUUUGUAUAUUUGAAAAUAAUGUAUAUUAUUUUACCUAUUAGAUUCUGAUUUGAUAUACAAAGGACUAAGAUAUUUUCUUCUUAAAGAGACUUUUCAAUUAGUCCUCAUAUAUUUAUCUACUAAAAUUUACUACGAACAGUGUGUUGCUUCAGACUUACAAAGACAACUGGGGCAAGUACUCUAAUGUAAAGGACAGGUGGUGUUUCUGUAUAAUAGACUGGCUGCUAUGGUACUGUAAAAAACUGGUUAAUUCUAUUUUUCAAGGUUUUGGCUAAGCACAUCAAUUUUAGACUAGUUGAAGUGGAACUGUAUAAUUCAAUUCGGUAAUCGAUCACAUGGGCUUUCCCUGGAGGAAAGGUUUGGUUUUUUUUUUUUUUUAAAAGAACUUGAAACUUGUAACUGAGAUGUCUAUAGCUUUUUUGCCCAUCUGUGUUGUAUGUGGAGAUUUCAAAACCUGAGAGCACUUUUUCUUUGUUUAGAAUUAGGAGAAAGUCACUAGAUGACUUUAGGAUUUGCAUUUUUCCCUUUAUUGCCUCAUUUCUUGUGACGCCUUGAUGGGGAGGGAAAUCUGUUUAUUUUUUCCUACAAAUAAAAACCUAAGAUUCUAUAUUGCA